CUGAAAAUCUACAAAGAAGUGCAGAGAGGAGUAGUUGACACACGGAUGGGUUCACGGUGAACACCAUCCAACAUUUAGCAGGCCAUAAGCUAGGAAAACCGGGCUUUUGUUUUCAUUUUAAUGUAUUAGUCGUGAUAGAUAUGACGGAAAUGUUUUCAACUCUGUUUAGUCAAAACGAAGUUCAGGGACCGCCCGGCUCCUCGUCUCUGGGGUUUGGACCGGGUAAGCCACCGCCGCCUCUACCGCAAAACCAAGUCUCUAUGGCAGGUCAGAUUCCACCGCAGCUCGGGGAUGAAGGGCCUGCUCUGCGGAAGCCUGGAGCCAUGAAUGAACCUUUCUACUUACUACGAGAGUUACCUGUGGGGAACGAGUUAACGGGUAACACCAACCUCAUCACACACUACAACCUGGAACACGCCUACAACAAAUUCUGUGGAAAAAAGGUGAAGGAGAAGCUCAGUAACUUUCUGCCAGAGUUACCAGGCAUGAUAGACUGUCCGGGCACUCAGGAUGGCAGCUCUUUGCGCUCCCUGAUCGAUAAACCUCCAGUGUGUGGGAACUCCUUCAGUCCACUGACCGGCGCUCUGCUCACAGGCUUCAGACUACACACAGGACCGCUUCCAGAACAAUACCGCCUGAUGCACAUACAGCCUCCAAAGAAGAAGAGUAAACACAAGCACAAACAUCAUCGACUGCAGGAUCCUUUACCACAAGAAACUCCGUCAGAUUCUGAUCCCAAGAAGAAGAAAAAGAAAAGAGAUGAUGAUCCAGACCGCAAGAAAAAGAAGAAAGACAAGAAAAAGAAGAAGAACCGCCACAGUCCUGACCACCCUGGCCUCGCUGGCUCACAACCGAACAGCAACAGCCUCAGAUAGACAGCAGCCCACUGUGUGCAUGUCUGUGUUUGAAAGUAUGUGUGACUGCAUUUUGUAAGAGAGGGUGUGUGUGUCUUUUACAGAUUAUUGUAUUAUUGAGAGAGGGAAUGCGAUGAAUUUAAGCUAAAGGCUGGUUGAGGCGUGUUAGUGUAAAUGGAAACAGCAGCAACACAGUGGAUGUUGGUGAUGAUUGAUUGAAAUGUUACAGAACAGUGUAUAAGACAGAACGCUGCUGAUGGGCUGUGUGAUGUUAGAGGUGACCAAGAUGGCCCCGUGUAUAAUGUCCCUCUUUGAUUUUGUUGUAAUAAUCUUUUGACCAUAAUGCCAAAAUCAAAUAAACUUUGGUUAUCUUUGUUUCUGUGG